CCUCCCUCCCCCUCCCUCCCGGCUCCUGAACUCCAGCCCCUCUCUCUCUAUCAGCCGCUCACUCUGUCUCAAUAUGUCUCAAGAUGGCGGCCAAUGUGGGAUCGAUGUUUCAAUAUUGGAAGCGCUUUGAUUUACAGCAGCUGCAGAGAGAGCUUGAUGCCACAGCAACGGUAUUGGCUAACCGACAAGAUGAAAGUGAGCAGUCUAGAAAAAAGCUUAUUGAGCAAAGUCGUGAGUUCAAGAAAAACACUCCAGAGGACCUGCGCAAACAGGUAGCUCCAUUAUUGAAGAGUUUCCAGGGGGAGAUUGAUGCAUUAGGUAAAAGAAGCAAAGAAGCAGAGGCAGCCUUCUUGAAUGUCUAUAAGAGAUUAAUUGAUGUUCCAGAUCCAGUUCCAGCUCUGGAUCUAGGACAGCAGCUUCAGCUGAAAGUCCAGCGAAUGCAUGAUAUUGAAACAGAGAACCAGAAACUUAGGGAAACUUUAGAGGAAUACAACAAGGAAUUUGCUGAAGUGAAAAAUCAAGAGGUUACAAUAAAAGCGCUUAAAGAGAAAAUCAGAGAAUAUGAACAGACCCUGAAGAACCAAGCAGAGAAUAUAGCUCUUGAAAAAGAACAAAAAUUACAAAAUGACUUUGCAGAGAAGGAGAGAAAGUUGCAAGAAACACAGAUGUCGACAGCCUCGAAGCUGGAGGAGGCCGAACACAAAGUUCAAGCUUUACAAACAGCCUUGGAAAAAACUCGUACAGAAUUAUUUGACCUGAAAACAAAAUAUGAUGAAGAAACUACUGCCAAGGCUGAUGAAAUUGAGAUGAUCAUGACGGACCUCGAAAGAGCAAAUCAGAGGGCAGAGGUGGCUCAGAGAGAGGCAGAAACCUUAAGGGAGCAGCUCUCGUCAGCUAACAAAUCUCUCCAACUUGCUACACAGAUCCAGAAGGCACCUGAUGUGGAGCAGGCCAUAGAGGUGCUGACGCGAUCUAGCUUGGAGGUGGAACUGGCUGCAAAAGAACGUGAAAUUGCCCAGCUCGUAGAAGAUGUCCAGAGACUCCAAGGCAACCUCACCAAACUUCGUGAGAACUCCACCAGCCAGAUAUCACAGCUGGAGCAGCAGCUGACUGCCAAGAACAGCACACUUAAACAACUGGAAGAAAAACUGAAAACACAGGCUGACUAUGAAGAGGUUAAGAAAGAAUUAAAUAUACUGAAGUCCAUGGAAUUUGCACCCUCUGAGGGCUCUGGUGCACAGGAUGCAUCCAAACCACUGGAGGUGUUGCUGCUGGAGAAAAAUCGCUCGUUGCAGUCUGAGAACGCCACACUGCGUAUCACUAAUAGUGACCUGAGCGGGUCAGCCAGGAGAAAAGGGAAAGACCAGCCUGAGAGUCAGCGUCCUGCAACCUUGCCGGCCUCCCCUUCUUCUCAGUUGCUCCGCAACACAGGGGAGCAGGCUUCCAAUACUAAUGGUACACACCAGUUCUCACCAACGGGUUUAAGUCAAGACUUUUUCAGCUCAUCCUUGGCAAGCCCCAGCUUACCCCUGGCCUCCACAGGAAAAUUUGCACUAAACUCUCUCCUCCAGCGACAGCUAAUGCAGUCCUUCUACUCCAAGGCAAUGCAGGAAGCAGGAAGCACAAGCAUGAUUUUUUCAACAGGUCCUUACAGCACAAACUCCAUAUCUUCCCAAAGUCCAUUACAACAAAGUCCGGAUGUUAAUGGCAUGGCCCCAUCUCCCAGCCAGUCAGAAAGCGCUGGGAGCAUCUCUGAAGGCGAGGAGAUAGACACAGCAGAAAUUGCACGUCAGGUGAAAGAGCAAUUGAUCAAGCACAAUAUUGGACAGCGGAUAUUUGGACAUUAUGUCUUGGGACUGUCACAAGGGUCUGUGAGUGAGAUACUAGCCCGGCCAAAGCCAUGGAAUAAACUGACUGUGAGAGGCAAGGAGCCAUUUCACAAGAUGAAGCAGUUCCUCUCAGAUGAGCAGAACAUCCUGGCGCUACGCAGCAUCCAGGGUAGACAAAGAGAGAAUCCAGGCCAGAACCUGAACAGACUAUUUCAGGAAGUACCGAAACGAAGAAAUGGGUCUGAAGGUAACAUCACCACAAGAAUCCGAACCACAGAGACUGGCUCUGAUGAAGCCAUCAAAUCCAUUCUAGAACAAGCCAAAAGGGAGCUGCAAGUACAGAAAACAGCUGAGCCGGCUCAGCCACCUUCUGCAUCUAGCAGUGGCAAUUCUGAUGAGGCCAUUCGAUCCAUUCUGCAACAAGCCCGACGUGAAAUGGAAGCACAGCAGGCUGCCCUUGAACCUGCCUUAAAAACAACACCUUUGUCUCAAGCAGACAUUUCCAUCUUGUCCCCAAAACUAAUAUCUACACCUGCAAUGUCUUCAGUUUCCAGUUAUUCUCCAUUGGCCUUGUCGCUGAAGAAACAUUCAACUGUCAUGGAUUCUAAUAUAUCUGCAUUGCAGAACCUCUCUGGGCUAAAAAAGGAGCACCAGGAAACACCAGUUUUAGAGCUUCAUGGAAUAACUGAUUCUGCACAGGGUGUGCUGAGGCAUGUUAAAAAUGAAUUGGGACGUGGUGGUGUUUGGAAGGACCAUUGGUGGAACACUGUUCAGCAUGACAGAAGAAAUACCACUCUUUCUGAAGAUACAAAGGUCGAGGAAGCCAGCAGUGGAAAAGAAAAGGUCAGCAACCAGACAAGGUCAGAUCGUAGCCAACUCCAAGGACCAUCCUCUUCAGAAUACUGGAAGGAGUGGCCAAAUGCUGAAUCUCCAUAUUCCCAGAGCUCUGAAUUGAGCAUGACUGGGGCAAGCCGCAGUGAGACACCACAAAAUAGCCCCCUUCCUUCCUCUCCUAUUGUACCUAUAUCAAAGCCAUCCAAACCCUCAGUUCCUCCAUUGACACCUGAGCAGUAUGAGAUUUACAUGUACCAGGAAGUGGAUACAAUAGAGCUAACUCGUCAGGUCAAAGAAAAGCUAGCAAAGAAUGGCAUCUGCCAAAGGAUCUUUGGGGAAAAGGUGUUGGGCCUAUCCCAAGGGAGUGUCAGUGACAUGCUCUCCAGGCCAAAGCCAUGGAGUAAAUUGACGCAAAAAGGCCGAGAACCAUUUAUUCGUAUGCAGCUCUGGUUGAAUGGGGAACUGGGACAGUGUGUCCUGCCUGCACAAGGGCAGCAACAAGGACAAGUCCUCCACUCAGUGACAUCACUGCAGGAUUCCCUACAGCAGGGAUGUGCAAGCUCAGAAAGCACUCCAAAGACCUCUGCCAGUUGCAGUCCUGCUCCUGAGUCUCCCAUGAGUUCCAGUGAAUCAGUAAAGAGCCUGACUGAAUUGGUACAGCAACCCUGUCCUGCGAUAGAGACAAGUAAAGAUGGCAAACCACAAGAAUCCAGUGAGCCUCCUGUUUCUGAAUCCCAGUCGACAACACCUUUGCCUCUCUCGGGCCAUUCAGCACUUAGCAUUCAAGAACUGGUUGCUGUCUCUCCUGAAUUGGACACAUAUGGCAUUACGAAGAGGGUUAAAGAGGUGUUAACAGACAACAACCUUGGUCAGCGUUUGUUUGGGGAGACAAUCCUAGGGCUAACGCAAGGCUCGGUCUCAGACCUUCUGGCUCGCCCAAAGCCCUGGCACAAAUUGAGUUUGAAGGGACGGGAGCCCUUUGUCCGCAUGCAGCUGUGGCUAAAUGAUCCCAACAAUGUGGAGAAAUUGAUGGAUAUGAAGCGAAUGGAGAAAAAAGCCUACAUGAAACGACGGCACAGCUCAGUUAGUGACAGUCAACCUUGUGAGCCCUCUUCAGUUGGAAUAGACUAUAGCCAGGGAGCCAGCCCACAGCCACAGCAUCAGCUAAAGAAACCACGAGUAGUGUUGGCACCAGAAGAGAAAGAAGCUCUAAAACGAGCAUAUCAGCAAAAGCCAUACCCAUCGCCAAAAACCAUUGAGGAACUCGCUACACAACUCAACUUGAAAACCAGCACAGUGAUCAACUGGUUCCACAAUUACAGAUCUCGUAUCCGUCGAGAGCUGUUCAUUGAAGAAAUCCAAGCAGGAAGCCAGAGCCAGGCUGGGUCAAGUGACUCUCCUUCAGCCAGAAGCAGCAGGGCAGUUCACAGCUCUGAGGGAGACAGUUGUGAUGGUGUGGACACAGAAGGCCCACCUGAAGGAAAGCAAAGUGGUCUGGAGGCGGACGAGUACAGCAAUGCAACCACAAAGUCUCAGGGAGGGCAAGCAGAGUCAGCUUUUGAAGCUGGGGAAGAGGUACCACAAGAUGCCAGAUCAUCAGAGAAAACAGAGUCAUUCCAUUUGGGAAUGGAGAGCUUGGAGGAUACUGAUGAUGAGGGUAGGCUCAAAGCACCACGUCAGAGUUCUCCGCCAGGGUCUCAAAGUUCAGGAGAAACUCUGGAGACAAUGCCAAACUCUGCUACAGAAGAGGAUGCCUCUACCUCAGCUGCCUCCACCUCAGUCCUUACAGGGGAGAGCUCCUUCAAGUCAAAAGAAAGUUCAGAGAAAAUGUUGAGUGUGCCAAGUACAAGUUCCACAUUGGCUGCAGGCUCACAGAAAGCCAACUCUAUUCAGAGUUUAUUCAGCUUUUCCGAGGCAGCAAGCUCCAAGAACACGCGGGACAACACCUUGAGGAAAAAGAAAGCAGCAAACUUGAACAACAUAAUACACCGUUUAGAGAAGGCCGCUAGUCGAGAAGAGCCCGUCGAAUGGGAGUUUUGAGAUUAAACUCACCCAACUCUAGAGAGCUGGGAAAGUUAAACUGGACCUCUACUGGUUUUAUUGUGUUGCGCACUUACCGCCCUGCAGGCCACAGGGCAAAAACGCCAUAGGCCAAGGUGCAUAUAGAAAACAAAAGGAGCGUUAAGCCCAAUUUAUGUUUGUGUUUUCAAGGAAGAAAACUGAAAUGUGUGGUCAAGCUUUUUUGUACCCUGAAGUGUUUUUAUUAAUGCCCUAUGUGAUUUCCACAAUUUCUGGAAUAACUCAUACAGCUUUGCCUUGUGCCCUCCUCUUUGGUGUGGGCUUUAAAAAAACAAAAACAUAAAAAAAAAAUCAAACCCACAUAUUUAAAGGGGGCUUUUUAUCUGCCAUCUAAUGGCUACAGAGCGAUAAUACACUAUUAUCUUCUUAAACCAGGAAAAAAGGGGAGAUUUUUCAAAAAGGAAAAAUAAAAAGUUUUUUGUAGCUGUUCAGUUGCCACUAAGAGAUUGCACAGUCA